CCCUCUCUUGAGCGCCCUCCUGGUGGCUCUCGUAGCAUCAGGCUGUGCUACUUCACCCGAAGGCGAUAGUUGCAAUGUCGUGAACUGUGUCCUCAAUCCCUGCGAAAAUGCCGUGUGUUCCGCUAAUCCUCAUGCUGAGUGCCGACCAAAUUACUGCGGUGGGUGCAAUACUGAUUUUUACGUUGAAGGCGUCCAAUUUAACUGUUCGGCAUGCCCUGAGGGUAUGACCUUUAACGAGUGCGGCUCAGGUUGUGGCCCGUUCAGCUGUGAUAACCUUCCCAGUGAUAACUGUCCUCAGAUCUGUCAUGCUGGGUGCUUCUGUCUAGAAGGACUGGUCAAGGAUCAAGAUGGCGGAGACCGCUGCAUACCCUUGAAUCACUGCCAAGCCUUUUUAGCGGUACGUCUGGUUGAUGGAAGCAAUGAAGCAGAGGGAAGAGUUGAAAUCCAGUAUAACGGAGUCUGGGGAACUAUCUGUGAUGACUCAUGGGGUAUCACCGAUGCCAAUGUUGUCUGCCGCAUGCUAGGAUUCCCGGGAGCUUCUGGGGCUCCAGGAUCAGCUCAAUUCGGAGAAGGCACUGGUCCCAUUCAACUAGAUGACGUUUUCUGUUCAGGAUAUGAGCAGACCAUCUUUGACUGUGAACACCCUGCUUUCGGUGUUCACAAUUGUAAUCAUUUCGAAGAUGCCGGAGUAGUUUGCAUUUCUUCAGCAGGCGUAGAUGUACGUCUGGUUGGUGGAAGCAACGAAGCAGAGGGAAGGAUCGAAAUCCAGCAUAACGGAGUCUGGGGAACUAUCUGUGAUGACUCGUGGGAUAUCAAUGAUGCCAAUGUUGUCUGCCGCAUGCUAGGUUUCCAAGGGGCUUCUGGUGCUCUAGGUUCAGCUCGAUUCGGACAAGGUACUGGUCCCAUUCAACUAGAUGACGUUGGUUGUUCAGGAUGUGAGCAGACUAUCUUUGACUGUGCACACCCUCCUUUCGGUGCUCACGAUUGUUAUCAUCGUCAGGAUGCCGGAGUAGUUUGCAUUGCUUCAGCAGGUACAGAUGUACGUCUGGCUGGUGGAAGCAACGCAGCAGAGGGAAGGGUUGAAGUCAAGUAUAAUGGAGUCUGGGGAACUAUCUGUGACGAUGGAUGGGAUAUCAACGAUGCCAAUGUUGUCUGCCGCAUGCUAGGAUUUCAGAGCGCUUCUUCGGCUCCAGGGUUAGCUCAAUUUGGACAAGGCACUGGUCCCAUUCAACUAGAUGAUGUUUGGUGUUCAGGAGAUGAGGAAACUAUCUUCGAGUGUGUACACCCUCCUCUCGGUGUUCACACUUGUCAUCAUCGUGAAGAUGCCGGAGUAGUUUGCAUUACUUUAGCAGGUUAAGCUAGAUAGUCGGUAUCAGGCUUAUACCCAAAGUAAAAAACAAAAAGUCGCAUUUUGUUUUCCCAAACGUACGAAAUAUUAAUUUUGAAAAAGAUACCUUCAUUAAAUAAACAAGAAAAUAUUAUAUUUUCAGGAGCAGUAGUAUUCCUACGUCAACUGCAAAGAAGAUAAAUUAUUUAUAUUGUGUCCAGCACGGUACUCUGACAUUACCACAGCAAACCCCUCUGUUCCAUGUUGUAUGACAUUUAAUAGGGACUUUUAGAUUGAGUGGACGAGAACACGACGAACGCCGACUGAUCAUGCGUGUCAACGUACUCAACUGCCCAUGUUGACUACAAUUAGAAAUCUGUUAGAUUGCACCCAUUUUCGUAAUGUAACCAAAUUUAAUGCACAAGUCUUUGUGUAGUGCCUCAAUACAAAUUAUUUCAUUC